AUGGGAGCAGGUCAGAGCAAGACCGACUCUGGAGUGCCCGAAGUGGACGUCUCGGAUGAUCGCUCCGAGCAGACCUUCUUCGCUCCGAGGGCUCAAGCCAACGUACAGGUGCGCGCUGGCCGGUCUGCGCUGCACUGUCAUGCUGCGAGUAGUCGACUCACCUACUCACCCCUCCUCUUCUUGGCAUUCUUGCCAGCUGGACGAGAAUCUCAUCAACCACCUCUCCUCGUCUUCCUCUUCCUCUUCCGCCUCUUCCUCCUCCUCCUCCUCCUCCUCCUCCUCGUCCUCCUCCUCCACAAAUCCGUCCCUCCCGCUCUCACGCCAACAGCACCUCGACUCGCACAUCCAAUCGCGCAUCAAAGCCGAGAUCGACCGUCUCCGAUCCCAGGAACGCUCGAUCCGUCAACAGAUCGAAGCCGCUCUGGAGAAGGAGAACCUCGAAAAGGAACGGGCGAGUUCGAGUUCGGACGAGGCGCGACCGACGAGUCAUUCGGCUAGUCUGAUGGACGAUCUCGACAGGUUGGAAAAGACGAGUCAGACGAUCAACAAGGGCGGGAAAGAUCUGGUCCGCAAGGACGAGUGGGGCAGGUUCGAGACGAGAGAAACCGGCUUGUUGGAGUGUCUCACGUCCGUUCAUCCUUCCAACUCGGCAUCGAGGCCACAGAACGAGGCACUGACGCUUCACCCUCACGCCGUACAGAAACAACAAGCAGACACCCCUCGACUGCGCCGACGAGGUCGACAAGUUCAGGCAGGCCGUACAAAACAUCGAGACCGUGAGUCGCGCCUUCCCCGUCUUGCGUUAUCCGUAGCCUGGCGUAGCUGACGGACGCUUGGCUCCUCGUCCCCUUCAGGCUUUCGUGGCCGCGAUCUAG